CAUGUUGAAUCAUACACAUCGUGUCCCAGUGUUGAGUGAAUUUUUCCGUCGAAAUGGCACCCAAAACCAGUGGAAAAGCUGCGAAGAAGUCUGGCAAGGCCCAGAAAAAUAUUUCCAAGUCCGACAAGAAAAAGAAGCGCAAGACCCGCAAGGAAAGCUACGCUAUUUACAUCUACAAAGUGUUGAAGCAAGUCCACCCGGAUACUGGCAUUUCUUCGAAGGCCAUGAGCAUCAUGAACAGUUUCGUCAACGAUAUCUUCGAACGCAUUGCUGCUGAGGCAUCCCGCUUGGCGCACUACAACAAGCGUUCGACGAUCACGUCCCGCGAAAUCCAAACCGCUGUUCGUCUGCUGCUGCCUGGUGAGCUUGCCAAGCACGCCGUCUCCGAAGGAACGAAGGCUGUCACAAAGUACACCAGCUCGAAGUAAGCCACUGAAAUGAUUGGCUU